AUGGAAUUUGUUUUUCCUUACCUAUUUAUAUGCAUCGUCUUCUUCCUCCUCUUCUUAGUUACAAUGGUGCAUAUUGCCGUUGUUACGAGCAUCGCCGUGGUGUCGUCCGUUGCCACUGCUUCCAUCGUCUGCUUCAAGAUGUUCUGCAGGUGCAAAAUGGCACUUCUCGGGCGGUGCCGGGCCGAGGUCGACUCGGAACUCGGCCCGGCCCAGGCCUGCAUUGGAGGCGACCCGGAGAAGGGAGCAGCCGCGCUCCGGCGGUUCCGGUGGCCCGAGGUCGAAUCCCUGACGGCGAGGUUCGCUCCUUCCGCUGUGAUCGGCGAGGGAGGCUCCAGCAUCGUCUACCUCGGCCGCCUCCCGGAUUCCUCCUUCGCCGCCGUCAAGCUCAACCGUCCCAGCGAGCGCCUCCGCCGCGCCUUCCGCCGGGAGCUCGACGUCCUCCGCCCCCUCCGCCACGCCAACGUCGUCCGCCUCCUCGGCUACUGCGACGACCGCGAGGAACAGGGGGUUUUGGUGUUCGAGUACGUACCCGAAGGCAGCCUCCACGAGCAGCUCCACGAGAGGGGCGCGGCUCUGCCGUGGGAGCGACGGAUGGAGGCGGCGCUCCAAGUGGCGCGGGCGCUGGAGUACCUCCACGAGGGGUGCGACCCCCCUGUGGUGCACGGCGACGUGAAGGCUGCGAACGUGCUCCUCGGCGGUUCCACGGGGGCGAAGCUCUGCGACUUCGGGUCGGCGAGAGCGGGGUUCUCGGCGGCGGUGGCGGAGCCGCGGCGCGCGAUGGCUGUGGGAUCGCCGGGGUACGUCGACCCGCACUACCUGCGGACGGGGAUGGUGUCGAAGAAGAGCGACGUGUACAGCUUCGGGGUACUGCUGCUGGAGUUGGUCACGGGGGCGGAGGCGUUCGACGCGGAGAGGGAGGUGCGGCUGACGGCGGCGAUGGGAACGCUGCUUCGGGAGCCAGGGAGGAAGGCAGCGGAAGAGGUGGACGCGAGGCUGGGAGGGGAGUACGACGCUGGAGAGGCGGCGGCAGCGGUGGCGGUCGCGGCGAUGUGCCUCGCCGAAAACCCUGCGCUCCGGCCGUCGAUGACGGAGGUCGUGGCAUUCCUGCGACAAAAAAAAGCCGUGCGAUUUUCAUCGCAGCCUUCAACGUAAAAAAAUUGAAAAAAAAUUAAUAUGCACCCUGUAAGUUUACCUAGUAUUUCAAAAGCCCCAAAUUUUAAAAUUACUGAACCCCUCAAAUUUCCAUAGUGCGGAUGGAAGAUCGUGGGGGCAAAUGGGAUGUAUAUUACAAAUUUGGAGUAUUUUAGGGGUUUAUUUUUGUGAAGUAGUAUAAUUUAGAGACUUUUAUUGUCAAUAAAAAAGAUAAUAAGGUCCACAAUUAUCUUGUUAUCAUUACCAACACCAUUCAUUAAAUUUAAAGGUUAGUUUGCAUUUAAUAUGAUUUAUUGUGUCACAUAAGAAGGAUGAAUGAAAAGACCAUGUCGUAAUAGAGGACAAAAAAUCAAUGCAUACCUUCUAUAGCUUAUAGAAGUCCAAGUAAAUUGUCAACUCCCUGAUUAUACUAUUCAGAUAAUCCCUGUAACUUGUUAUCCUUGAGCUCAUCUAGCUUUCGAAUCACAAACAUUAACAUAAUUUGCUAAAGUCGUGAGAUAGAUAAUAAAGCAAACGAGUCUUAAUUUAAUGCCAAGCAUAACUUUAGAUAUCUUACUUCAAGGGGAGUGCUACUGUCAUUAGGGUAGUUUUUUCAGCUUUUAUCAGAGAUUUCUAAGAGCUUUUACUAAGAGGUCAACCAGUUGACAAUGGCCCGGUUUCCAACCGGUUCGAUUGGACUUCAAAACAAAUUUCAAAAGAUUGGAGGAACUCAAAUUGUGAUAACUUAGUCUGCUCAUGU